UAAAUUAUGAGGCGCAUGAUAAUAAAAAUAGCAGUGUAGGAAUUGUUAGAAAUUUGGGUUGAGCUCAAACACCCACUCCGUAUCUAUCAGCCAGUGUUUUUGUGAUAUCAGAAGGGGGCUGAACCUCUCCAGUUUGAGUGCUCCUCUUUUUUUUUAUUUACCGUGCUGUGUGUGCCUCUGCAGGUAAAUGAGAUGCAGCUUUAAAGCCAGAUAGGGAAAUCAUCCUCACGAUUCUGCCUCACCACAACUUGCGCCCUUGAGGACGUUGCAACUCCUGCCAACACCAAAACCCUCCGGACAGCGUCGGGAAGGUCAAAACUGCGGCUCAGCAGACUCCACACCAGACUCCAGCCCAGCCCGCGGUGCUCGCUCGCUUCCCUGCCGCAACUGCAGGGGUGGAACCCGGACUGACCCGAGCCGAGAGUUCCGUGGUGUUCCUGCCGCCGCCGCUGCUCCAUGCGCCGGCUCAGUGUCUGCACGCAGCCCGCCUGCUGUGGAGGAAUGGAUUCCUGCCGCUGAUCGACCCCAUCCUGAUAGUGUGAUGUAUCUCGCCUCCCCCUGGCGGGCUGCGAGGGCAUGAGACUGCGAGGCGGACGGGAUUUCAACUCUCCUGACUCCUACCUGGAACUGGCCCCUCCUCCUCCUCGUCCUGUCUCCUGGUUACCUGGUGUCCUCAGCAAGGGUGUGCGUCUUCGUCUGCGCUUGGAUCGCCGUGACAACCGGGGGCGGGGCUGCUGGCAGCUGGUGGACUUGGAGGCGGAGUCAGAGCCAGUCGGGCGGAGACUGAGGAGCCGGGCCUCCAACACUUGCACUCAAAGUCUGAUGAGUUCCCUGUCUGCCGGCUCAGAGAUGCAGACUCCAGCUCUCGGCCCCCAGUUCAUCGCCGGGCCUCAGGGUAAGGUGCCGGGCAGGAAGAGAGGACGACCUCCCAUCCGUAAGCUGGAGUUCCAGAGUCACUACGUUGAGCCUCUGUCACCUCUCAAGGUGCCGAAGAAGAGAGGCAGGAAGCCGGGGUUUAAGCUGAAGCCCAGGAUGGUGAUGUCCCCACUCGCUAACUCUCCUCCCAGCAGCACACCAGAACCUGAGCUGGGCUCCAUCCCACAGGAUGCUGCGAUUGUCCCACACUCUGCCACACCACAGGUCCUAACAGCUGAGACAUCGAUGCCUGAUGACUUCUUAUGUGACCCACCAGUGGACUCCAAACGCUACGCUGUAGAUCCCAGCGACUCCGCCUUCAACGUCAUGACAUCACAGUACCCACCAAAGCAGUCCUACAGUUACCGUGGCAGCAGCUGCUCUACCCCAAUGGGCCUGUGCAGACAAGCGUCCAGCCCGGGAAGCUUCCAGGAAGCAAACAGGAAUGUAGCUUACAGUUCGAUGCCAGACUCUGGAGAGUGCAAGCGUCCUGCUGGUAAGGACCCGUCCAGGUGGGGAGUGGAGGAGGUCAUCUGGUUCAUCAAAGAUGCUGACCCCCAAGCCCUGGGACCCCACGUUGAUGCAUUCAGGAAGCAUGAGAUAGACGGAGAUGCCCUGCUCCUGCUGAAAAGCGAGAUGAUGAUGAAGUAUCUGGGACUGAAGCUGGGACCUGCUCUUAAACUCUGUUACCACAUCGACAGGCUCAAACAGAAUCGGUUGUGAUUUCCUGCGGAGGAGCCGAACCCCUGAUCACCUCUCUCCAAAACUGUAUCUCAAACAACCAUCAGCAGCCAAUCACGGACGCCUUCAGACCCAGACUUUCUCGACAAACUGUUGACUGUACAUAUUAAGACUAUUUACAGCUGAAGCAAUGAUUUCAUUUCCAUCACUGUUCACCAGGUAUCUGAAUGGCUUUAGAUUGUGAAUAGUUUGGCACCAUGAAGAUGGCCACUGCUGUAUAUUGAAAUGUGACCUGUCCACUCUACAGGCUGCACAAAGCUUUACUGCAACUGACUCUCAACAGCAUGAAUUUGUGCAGAUCAUGGAAAUCAUUCACCGUUAGUGACAGGGAGCUUAACAAACUUGUAUGGUGCUUUACCUCAAUAUCAUAUUUAAACUUAAAGAAGUCUUUGGGUUGAGGUACAAUGCUGCUGCAGUUUAAAAACAAUACUUUUGUUAGUUAGUUGUUGUAAACCGAUAAUGAUGUUUUUGACCCAAGUAUCACUCUGACACACAAACUGUAACUGAUCUCUCAAACUCUUCAGCACGCAGUCAAGACUUUUGAUGUUAUCAAGAUACUAAAACAUGUUAAUCUGCAUUAUAUAUAAGUGAUGUAUCUCAUGCUGAGGAGAAGUGAAACAAAAGGGUUUUCUAACAUGAAGAUUUUUACCACAAACCACAGCACAAGAGUGAAGCGAUAAGGCGUUAGAGGUGCGCAUAAUCACACUCAUAGUGACAGGAAGGAAAGGAGACGAAGACAGACGCCGUUAUUCUCAUGAAUUUUACACGUUCUUCUGAAGUGCUGUGAGAGAAAGCAACUUUUAGCAAACUCAAAUGGUGCAACUUGGUGCUCACUGAAACCGUUACUGCCACUACAAUCACAACACUUAACAAUUUAUUCACUUUCAUCCUGCAUUCCACAAUCCACUAUCUCUGUGUGACUUCCAGAUAGAGGUUACAUUCUCCUCAUGCAAUACCUCUUCAGUCAUGUUGAACAUAAAUGCCUCUGAGUCAUUUCAAAGCAGUAUCUCCGAACUGUAAAAAGUGACAAACUAUUUAGUGAAAUGUCUUUAGCAUUAAUAAUAACUUUUU